CUCCCCAAACCCCAGGGCUCUGUCUGUCGUGCCGGGACACCAAACCCUCGCCACUCCCCUCCCCCGCUCCGCUGCCCCCCUACAAAUCCCACCCGAGGUCCACGGAGUGCUCCGCGAGGUCGGUGGUUGUGUGGUGGCAGCGAGCGACCUCCCCCGCCCUCACGCCCGCGCCCCGAUGUCGAGCAACUCCGCCGCCCCCCGCCGCUUCUCGUCGGCGAUGUCGACCUCGACGGCGAAGCGCCCGGCCGUGCCGGAGGGCGCCAGGGCGGCGGCGGGCCCCGCGGCCGCGCAGCAGCAGGCCAAGAAGCGCGUGGCGCUCGGCAACCUCACCACCAACGUCGCCGCGGCGGCCGCGGGCAGGGCCGGCUGCGGGAAGAUCGCGGUCGUCACGACGGGCAAUGCGAGGUUGAAUUCAGCUACCUCAGCUGCACCUGUGAAGAAGGGAGCUUUGCCAAGUGCUCGGCAUGCAAGCGCAAAUCGUGGCUCGGCUGUGAAAUCGGCUUUCACCAAGCCAGCUCCUGUCACAUCUCGCCAUGAGAGCUCCGUACAGAAGGAGAGUGUUCCUCCUCGUAAGGUGCCUACUGUGGUGCCGAUUGCCGUGCCUGCCGUUAUACCCUUCAGCAGCUUCGUGUCUCCUGGACAUUCAGGAGAUUCGAUUUCCACUGACGAGACUAUGUCGAGUUGCGAUUCUAUGAAGAGCCCCGAUUUCGAGUACAUUGACAACGGUGACUCCUCAUUGCUCGAUUCUCUACAGCGACGGGCAAAUGAAAACCUGCGCAUUUCAGAUGAUAGAACUGUGGAAGGAGCUAAGUGGAAGAAGGAUGCUGCUGCCCCAAUGGAAAUUGACAACGUUUGUGACGUUGAUGAUAACUACGAGGAUCCACAGCUGUGUGCUACUCUUGCUUCUGAUAUCUAUAUGCACUUGCGAGAGGCUGAGACGAGGAAAAGACCAUCAACUGAUUUUCUGGAAACAAUUCAGAAGGAUGUGAACCCAAGCAUGAGGGCUAUCCUGAUUGACUGGCUUGUGGAAGUUGCUGAAGAAUAUCGUCUUGUUCCUGAUACCUUAUACCUGACAGUCAACUAUAUUGACCGUUACCUUUCCGGCAACGAGAUCAAUCGGCAAAGGCUGCAAUUACUUGGUGUCGCUUGCAUGCUUAUAGCUGCUAAAUAUGAGGAGAUUUGUGCACCCCAGGUAGAAGAAUUCUGCUACAUCACUGACAAUACAUACUUCAAGGAUGAGGUUCUGGAUAUGGAAGCUUCCGUCCUCAAUUACCUGAAGUUUGAGAUGACCGCGCCUACAGCAAAGUGCUUUUUAAGGAGAUUUGUCCGGGCUGCACAAGUCUGUGAUGAGGAUCCACCUUUGCAUCUUGAGUUCCUAGCCAAUUAUGUUGCUGAGCUAUCACUGCUUGAGUACAGUCUACUUGCUUACCCUCCUUCACUUGUUGCGGCCUCCGCAAUUUUCUUGUCGAAGUUCAUACUGCAGCCAGCAAAACACCCCUGGAACUCCACCCUUGCCCACUACACACAGUACAAGCCAUCGGAGCUCUGCGAUUGUGUGAAGGCGCUGCACCGCCUUUUCAGCGUUGGUCCUGGGAGUAAUCUUCCUGCAAUCAGAGAAAAGUACAGCCAACAUAAGUACAAAUUUGUCGGGAAAAAGCAAUGCCCAACUUCAGUGCCCGCAGAAUUCUUCCGGGACGCGGCAUGCUAGGGGAUAAAAAUGCCCAGGAGUAGUUGCAGUUGCUUACUGAAUUCUUCAUCUUGUGGCGGACUCAAAUUGGAGCUGCGCCACUGAUCCUCGCGGGCAGUAUAGCUCCAUCCCAAGACAUGCCGGUGCCCCGCGCUUGUUUCGGGUGAUCGGCAGUGUAGAUUCUAGAUUGAUGCUGAUGUCGUUGUGGUAGUGGACUAGUGGUAUUGUAGUGGUGUGCUUUUUGUUUCCUUGACUUGUCCUUCCUCUGCUCUCUGCUGUUUUCUUUCUUCCUUUCUUUCUGUACCUAUAGUCUAGAGCCCAGGUUUUUCAGGUGCAUGUACAUUGGAGAGCGCUGCAGCAGAAGCAUAAGCAUCUUGUUUGUAAUGGCAUAA